CCCCCCGACCCCGGAGGACUGUCCUGCAGCCGGGGACUCCUCCUCACCCAGCAACGAAGACCUGAGCGAGGACAGUGGUGCUGGGAAAUGAGCGACAAGAGCGGGUAGAUGAGGGGGGUUGAGUUCAGCAAAAUGCAGGGCUAGAAAUAUUUAUUACAUUUUAACUGACUCAACUCCUGUCCUGUCUGUUGGACUAGUGACCACUGAUCUGCAUCCGCCCCCCCCCCCCAUCAGCAGAUGUGUGAUUGCUUCUCCUCUAUCACUGAAAUCAGUCGUUUUCCUCCUCUGUUGAACUGUGGUUGCUGAUGUUUGGUUCCUGAGUCAGCUCAAACUGCGAGAUCAUGUUUGAAUUUUCUUCCUGGGAAAAUCAGUUGUGUUUGAUUUAACUUCUACAUUAACCAGGAGGCAAGAUAUUAAUAUGAAUCCAGCACUGUAUAACAUGCUGAUAUCCACGGUGUUGAACACUACUCCAGGCUCUCUCUCAUGAUCCUCAGAAUUUGCUCUCAUGUCCAAACAGGGGUCACAGUAGAACAUCAGCGCAGUGUGUUGAUCCAUGUAGAGUUCACAUCCAGCUGUGUAAUAGCUGUACAGUAUUAUUCAAUACAAUAUUAUUCCCAAAAAGUAAAUAUGCAACAUUCCAGAUGUCUACCAGUGUAAUAAAAUGUUUGAUCUGUAGCGUGACCGUAACUCUACUCCGUGCUGUCCUGUUCGUUAUCAUUAACCUGUUUAGUUUGAGUGACGCAGUCUGUAAAGUGUUUUUGUAUUCAUGUAUGUGUUUAGGUGCUCGGCGUAAAAAAAGGAAUGUCAACAAAGAGCGGGAAUUGUCAAGACAUUUUAAUAUAAAUUAAAAUGACCCCCCCCCCAAACAGAAAACAAACAUCCAAAAAUACAUUAAACUUCCAGCAGUUAGAAAACACCUGUUUGUUCAUCUCAAUUUGUCAGUAGCUGAAUAAAAAUACAAUAAGAAACAUACAGCUUUGUUUGAAAUUAUACUGUACAUGUCUUUUUCUCCCUCCUGCUCCCUUCUGUCUCCGAUCGAAAAAAAGUUUCGAUCAAGUCUCGUUCCUUCAGACAGAACACGAUGUGUUAAUCAUGUGACCGUCGCCACCGUGACUACAAGAGCUGCUACAUGCGUCAGUCAGUCUUUUGUGGUUUAAAAUAUCCUUCUCUAAUAUGGAGGAUGAAAUGUUUCCAGAGCAGCACACUAGUCAUGAAGAACAGAAGUAACACAUCCUUAUUUACCGCUGAAAUGCUAGAACCAAAAUUAAACGUGUGUAAUGUGUAACUGGGAUAAUCUGCUGUAUGUUACCGGUGCAAGGACAGUUUGCUACAUUAAAUACCUACAGACAACUCCA